AUGACCGCUGUUGGCAGUGCAGCAAGUGAAAAAGGUUUCAUGCAUGAAGGUUCUGGGGUGAUGUUGAUUCUGGGCAUGAUUGUUAUGUCUGUCUCGAUCAUGUCCUUGAUCAUUUUUGGCUGUGCUGACAAGCCCCGAAAGAGUGGCGGCCGUGGCCGUGGCCACGGUAGAUACAGUGGUGGGGUAUUUUAUGGCGGAGCAGCUGCUUACUCAAAUGGUUCUGCUUUUGAUGCCGGAGGUGGCGGUCAUGGUGGUGGUCAUGGUGGUCAUGGUGGUGGUGGUCAUCAUGGUGGUGGUCAUGGUGGUUGUGGUGGAGGUGGAGGUGGAGGUGGCUGUGGUGGGGUGGGUUGCUAA